AUGGAAGGUCGCCCCUUUGAGGGCGGUAGCGUCGAUGGAAGGUGCAUAGGUUGCGGCAGCAGCUGCCCAUGGGAACUUGAGGAGCAAGCCAACUGCGAGUGGGACCGCCGUCUGGCGGAUAUGCUCAGUUGGGAUGUUGUGCGGCCCAGUAGCGCUUCGUUUGACAGCCGUCACCUGCCUGCGAUCACUGCCGAGUACCUGGAGCACUAUUCGUGCUCCGCGAUAUCUCUGCACAGUGAUCGAUGGCGGCGCCUGGUGAGCACGAUAAAGGACGCUAAUGCGACCCGCAAGGGCAUGAUCGUGGACGACUCCGUGGAGGAGCUGCUGAAGCUGGAGGUCCUGCUCUUCACUGAGCACAACGUCGAAUCUCGUUGCCAGCUAGCGCGCGGCCUGAUAGUCCAGAUCUGGCGUGACCAGCGUCCCACGAAGGCUCCGUGGUACUCUAAGCUGAUGCAGCUGGUGCGCGACCUAGACGCGUUAUGUUUUUUGCACCGUCUUCACGGGGCUCGGUGCAUGAUAAACGUCGGCCCGAUGGUAACGCCGUACAGUUGUCUGGACAGCGUCAUCGAUAUUUUCCGGCGCGAGUGGCCGGAGGGCGAGACUGCGUGGUCUCCCUACAUCGAGGGCGAGCUGAUGUACCGUCUGUCCGGCCGCGGGUUCAUCAGCAUAGCGAUAAGUGUGGAUGACCUGAAGUACACUAAGCGACUUCUGGUGCCCAAAAUGCACACGGAACGUUGUUAUUUGCGGCCUACUGGGAUCCUGAUGACUCGGCAUGCCAAGCGUUUAGCAAAGCGCCUUCGUAUUACUAUGGACACUGCAUUCCAUAAGGUCAUCGACGGAAUCGUGCAGCAGCACGGUGCCAACUGGAUGUACCCGGAGGUGCGCACGGAGUUCAACCGCAUGCACUACCAGCGGCAUCGUUUCGAGCGCUUGAAGACCCGGCUGCACUCAGUCGAGGUUUGGCACGGCGGAGAACUUGUGGCCGGGGAGAUCGGUUUUUCCGCUGGUGCCGUGUACACUAGCUUGACGGGAUUUCACCGAAUGGCUUCCUCCGGCACGUUCCAGAUGUACGCCUUGGCCGCGAUCUUGCAUUUCUCAGGUACUCUGCAUCCUGGACGACCCUCACAACGCGCAGGCAUAGAAAUGUGGGACCUCGGCAUGGAAAUUCCCUACAAAAGCGGUCUGGGCGCCACAACGAUGCCGCGUAUAAAUUUCAUCGAGGAAUUCAACCGGUUGAAGCAUAGAGUAGGUUCUCUGCUAGCGCAUUACACGCCGCAGAAGCGUCACGUGCAAUUGCCGAGUCGCUUCCGGGAACACGAAAACUGCGUUUCCCUUAUGGAAGAGUUCGAAGCUGCACAGCAGCUUCUUGUUGUGGAAGGCAGUGCCUCAGCCUAA